AUGUGUCUCACUGAAAGAGUACAAAGCUCCGCUCAAACCACCCAGAACUUGAACGCUCGCACCACCAGCCCCUCCAACGACUUUGCAACUUUGAAUUUCAAGAACCUCCGUGUCCAGCUCAAACGCGUGAACAAGGAAGUCAUCUGUAGACUCAAGCUCAUCGGCGCCCUCCUUGUUGCUGCCCAUCCGUCUUCCAAGUGUGAGCAUCACCAACCCUUUCUCGCCGCGGCCUCCUCACCCAGCGCACACUUUUCAGGCGACUUGCAAUACAACACUCUCCUGAUCACCCCAUUAACGUCGUCAUCCGUGCCGGUUCCCCUAGCUUUUGAGUGGACACAAUCAGCCAGUGGUUUAACACCCCUCCGCCAGCAUUUCUGGGAAAGACCCAGGCCCUGCAAUGUCUUAUUUUGA